GAGAGAGAUAUAGAUAAAGAGGUUGAUCCAAGUGCACUGCUGAUAGAUACAACAAUGUUCGAUGAGACAAAUCCAAUAAUGGAGUGGCUGAAUGAGGAUGAAGAGGAUCCAAUUUUGGAUGGAGCCGAUGCGGCCAGUGCUGUUUUUGAGAAAAUAAGGCGCCUCAACUCAGGCAGGAAGGAUUCUUAUGUUGGUACAAAGGCUAAUAAGAAGAAAAGAAAGAGGAAUCAUGAUGAGGAGAAUGAGUAUGUCGAAACUGACAGUGAGGAUGACGACAACGAGAAUGAAUAUGUUGAUAAUGAGAGUGAGGAUGAUGAUGGGGUGAGUGAGGAUGAUGAGGAUGAUCAACAAGAUCAACAAGAAACACAAAUGCAAGUGGAAGAAGAGACACAAGUACAAGUUGAAAAGGAGACACAAGCAAGCAUUGGCAAUUUGGAGACUCGUAGAUCUGGACGACUUGUUAGGAAGAAGACCAAGGAAGUCAACAGCCUCUACUCGUAGAUUUGCUGGAGCUUGGAGCAUGAUGCUAGUUGGAGGCUUGGAGCAUGGAAGCUGGAGCUUUUUCAAUGGAACAAGACCUCCCCGUCCAUGCUUUCAUGGAUUUCUUUUGGAGUUGUUGUUCGUUGUGAUGCUUUGAUGGUUGUCUUUUGGAGCUGUUUCUAUGUGAAAUCCUUUAAAUUCCUAGAGUUGGUUGUACUGAAGUAUUUAAACUUUGAACUAUGAUGUGAUGGUUGUGGACUGUAAGUUUAGAACUAAUGUGCGUGAGGGUCAUAUUGGACUGACGCUCUUAUAUU